GACUACAAAGUGAAUGAAUGAAUUUGAUUAGUUGACAAUUUGACAAUAGUUGAUUUGAUUGUUGAAUUUAUUGCUGAAAAACAGUGAUAUCAAUAUAAUAUUCUAAAUAUUGGGCAAUAACAUUAUAAUUUAGUAGUAAAGACACAAAGAUGCUUGAAGUCACUUGUAACGAUCGUCUUGGUAAGAAAGUAAGAGUGAAAUGCAACCCUGACGAUACAGUUGGAGACCUUAAAAAACUAAUAGCAGCUCAAACUGGCACGAGAUACGACAAAAUUGUUCUAAAGAAAUGGUACACAGUAUUCAAAGACCACAUCAAAUUAUCUGACUAUGAAAUACAUGACGGCAUGAACCUGGAACUCUACUAUCAAUAGCUGAGAAUGGAGUUGAUACCAC